UUUAUAGUGGUAGGAUGGCUUGAUAUCUGCAUGGGUUUUCUUGUGUACAGUUUGGGGUUGUGUAGCAUUUUGAGGAAAUUUUAAUUACCUGCUGCCGGCCUGCCGUUCCUGGACUUUAGAGCAAGUAUAAUAAGUCCUAGUCAGCUGGCUCUAAGGAUUAAAAUAGUAUAUUGUUGCUUAGUUGGAAGAGAGAGAGGAUGAGAGAGAGGGAGAGUGGGCUCUUAUGCAAGAGACAGCUCUAGCACGUGCUCCUAGGCACUUUGUGAGAGUGAAAGUUGGGCCACACAUUGAUAAAGUACUACACUUUUAUAGCUCACUAUUGUAUAUGUUGGCUCUAAAUUGGCUAUAGAUGACAUGUCACUUGGCUUAUAGCCAGCAACUGCCUACACUAUUGGAAUUGCUCUUAGUAGUGGGCUGCCUUGGUAUUGUGAUCGUAUCUAUGACCUUGCUAGAUGGUGGUGGGGCUUCCUAGAGAAUUUUAUGCCCACCGUUUUGUUUUGUCAGUCAGUUUGUGCCUCACCGCUUCUAGCCAAUAUUUUCUCCCCUCCACGUUAAAAAAAAAUCUCUCCUCCUCCCCAUCCUUCCCGAGGUCGCCGCAGCGGAGCCUCCGCCAACUGCCACGCCAUCGACACACCCUUUUUUCCGGCAGCUUCAUGGGCGCCCGCGACGGCACGCUCGCCAUCCUCGCCGGCAGGGACGAGGCCGUGGUGGCCUGGCUCGCGCCGCUCUUCUCGCAUCUCGGCAGGCCUACAUGGGCACUCCCGGCAGCGGGCAGAGCAGCAAGAUCGCCAACCAGAUGGCUGUCGCCGGUGCGGUGGUCGGCCUCGGCGAGUCUCUGCGCGGCAGUUCCUAGGCACGAUCUCCAAGGGCGCGGCGGGGUCGCGCAGCCGCGACUUCGUGUUAGAGGCGUCGUGCGGUACAUCAUCAAGAACCUCGGCAUGGCGCUGGAGAUAGGGGACAGCCAAGAGGAGGUCAAUGUGCGCCAUGAGGAGCAGCUCCGAUGGAGCCCGGACGCCUCCAUGUGCUCCAUGUGGGAAUUUCUCUCCCCCCCUUUCUAUUUCAACUCAUAUCCAUGGAGAAGUCACAGAAAUCCCAAUCCCCUGAAGAAACUAAUCCUCCAAACUGAAUCCAAGGUGUUGUGGCUGAUUGAAUUCACCAUUGUCACAUCUGCUGCUGGUAACGAAGAUGACGCUGAGGUGUUGUUUCUGGUUCAUUAGAUUUCUUCAUCUGUGUAGGCACAAGUACUCCAAAAGGUUUGAAAUAUGAUAUUUUCCCCUGCAAACUUUUGUGUUCGCUUUUCAUGUUGAUGCCAACAAAUGAUAUUUAGGAAUCAUUUUAUUUAUUGUGUAAUGAAAGUGAUUUAGAGGAGAAAAAUGACAGGGAUACAUUCUCACAGAAAACACUGAAUCGGCAGAAGUUGCAUGGUAGAAACUGAAACUCUCAACUACAUGGUGAAGCCAAUAAGGCAAUCCAGCUCAAAAGCGAGGCACAGAAAUCUGAGAAAAGAGGCAAGAACCGAUUUUGUGUGUUCUUAGCUCACAUGCAAGAGAUUGUGCUCCUGGAAAGCCACCUCGAUGAUCGACGCGCUGGAUGAAGCAUUGCGUCAUAAUCCUGCUCCAGAUUCUCUAUAGAAAGAGAGCCACUCCUCAAGGAAACUAUUUCAGCAAGCUCCUACAAUGCUAUCUUCAUGCGGUGCUGCUGCUUUUUCUUGCGCGCGUUGUGUGGCAGCUACUCUCUCUUUGUGUAUGUGCUGCAGCAUAUAGCUGCAGAUGGUGUUCCCUCCCUCUAGCACAUGUGUUGUUUUUUGUUCCUCUCUCAUACACAUGGCUGGUAUUGCUGCUCCUCUCUCCCUGAUGUACAUAAAUUUGUGCAUGCAAAACUGUUCGAUCAUAUAUCUAUGAAGCCUAAAAUAGUUCACCUGGGGCUUCUAUUGCAGUUUAUCAAUGGUGAUCCUGUUUAUACUGUUCUUUUGCUUGGUUCUCUGAUUUAUAAAUACUUUCUGUUUCCAUCUUUCUCCAUUUAGUAUGACAUGAACUCUAA